AUGGGUGUACGAGGAAAAGAAUCUCUGAGUAGCAGCUCCAGUGAUGAAGGCCCAACUACUUCAAAGGCAAAGAAACAGAAGACUCAUAUGGCUAGAGUUGGGAAUAAGAGUGCAAAUAAAAACAUGCGAAAAGUGGAAGUUGGCUGGAUUCAUGGGGGAAAGCAAGUGAGAACUCCCAGAGGUGGUGGGGCAAGAAAGCUGGACCUCCCAAAAUUCUAUAAGAAAGACGAAAUUUUGGAAGAAGUCAAGCCUCUGUUCUUUCCCCAGGGAAAAUCAUCUGUGGGGAAAAAGGAAGAUUUUCAUUUUUCAGUAGUUGAUUUUUCUCAAGAAGAUAUUGCAGAUAAAUCUAUUAAUGAUUUAUAUAUAGCAUCUAAAAUGUCAACUCUUCGUCUCUAUCUUAUAACAUCAAAGAAACAUCAUGAUGGCGAAUCCACAAUAAAUGACAGAUAUUCAUCUGGCGAGGAUCUUCCAGAUCCAAUGCUUUCUCUUGUCCAUAUUGAAAAAGAAGGGGCACCCGGAACAGCUAGUUCCCCAGAUGAUGCAAGUCAUUUAAACAUUCCAGAUCACAUCUCUGAAGGGGAUUUUCCACCUGCUACAUUAAAGUCUGCACAGUCACCCGUAAACGUGCUUCCUGGAGAGAUUGUCACUUUUGAGAAUGUUCCUGCUGGGAGUAUAUUACUGGAUUUUCAAAACUAUAUUUACGACCCAGAGAUAGAAUUUGGGCCCUCGCAGUUAUUAAGAAACGACCUCGAUGAAACAUUACCAGCAAGUGCAGUUGUCAAAAAUCUUGUUAUAAAGAGGGGUAAUGCUUUCUCUGACGUCAUGAAGUUUUUUGUAAAGCAAGAGUUCAACUUAAGAACUGACACACUACAACUUUCAAUAUUGACAGAGAAGGGGGAGGAUUCCGGGGGUGUUUUUCGGGAUGCCAUGUCGGAAUUUUGGGAUACUUUUUAUUUAAAACACACUGAAGGAAGUGAUGUUAAAAUUCCUACUACAGUGCACAUCAUGAAGCAGGAGGAAUGGGAAGCCGUAGCCAAAGUUCUAGUGUUGUCCUUCAAGCAAGAAAAGUAUUUUCCAAUACAGCUUUCACAAAUCUUUCUGAAAAAAUGUAUUUUUGAUAUUACCCCAACAAAUGAGGAGCUACUUGAGUCAUUCAUGGCAUUUUUGCCUGAUAUGGACAGAGGACUUAUUAAAGAUGCUCUUGAUGAUUUUAAUGGUGUGGAGGAAAAUGAACUUCUCGAUGCUUUAUCGAAUUUUAAUCUGAGAGUCUAUCCUACUAAGGAAAAUUUUAGAAAGCUUUUGAUUGAGUUGGCUCAUCAUGAACUAAUUCAAAAACCGUCUUUUGUCACACUUUGUUGGUUUCCAAUAUUUAGUAGUCAUUUGAAGCCUCUGAUAGGUAGACUGGAAGAAAUAUAUGAGCAAAGCAAAGUUACCAACAAAAAAGUCCUGAAUUUGUUUGUUUUUCCAGAAGAUCUGACAAAAGCCGAGAAAGCAACGGCCGAUUCUCUUAAGCGGUACAUCAAGACGUGUUCAACUGAGAAACUGACCUUGCUUUUACGAUUCUGCACUGGAUCGGACAUUAUAAUUGGAAAGAAAACUAGAUGA